AUGUAUCCCACUCAGAUUAUGAGAAUGCAGCCUACGAGACGCAUGAUGCGUGCUCCUCCUGCCGAGGACCAAGCUGGCCACACUGUCUCCCAGCGUCUGCGCAAGCUCCGAAAGAUCCCGGCCGAGCUGUGGCCUCUCGGUAUCGUCGUCGGUUUCGCCGUCUUCGCCGCCGGCUACUCGAGCGCCCGCAAGUUCUGGGUUGACAAGAACCUGCGCCUGCAGCGACAAAACCGCGCAGCUGAUGCUGCCGCUUCGGGAGAGCACCACUAA